AUGGACGCUUGCUACUGCAGUCUCUGCGACAAGUAUUUCAUGGACAUCGAGUCCCGUGCCCGGCAUCUCUUGCACGCAACAAACCAUCCGAAGUGCGAAAAGUGCAACCGUUACUUUGCCAACCGCAACUCUUUGAGAAACCACUACGUCAUCUCCCAUAGACACCACUACUGUCGCACAUGCGAUAUCGACUUUGAAACUGAAGCGGGUCUUGAAACUCACCUUCGCUUCGCUGCAGUCCACCGUGAUGACUCCGAAGACGACUACGUUGACGACGAGGACGUAGACGACUCUUAUGAAGGUUGGGAAGAUGAGGAGGGAAGACGUCUAUUCCCUGACGCCGAUGACGCCUACCCCGACGUCCCUGUUAUGUUCGACGACCAGACCGACCCCGAGGACGAGUACUGGGACGAGGACGACCAGCCUCCCCCGGAGGAUGACAACUACACCGGCUGGGCGCCCGUGCCGCGCAGCGAGGCUGACAACCCUCCUGCUAGUGUUGAAAAGUCACCCGACCCUUCGCAGCCCUCUACCACCAUCACCUCCUCGGCCCGCCCGCAUAAGGUCGCCGGUCCCACUAGCUCCGGCUCCGACGAGGAUACCACCCCAACGCUCUCACUCGACUGCACCAUCUGUCUCGAGCAAAUCAGGGGUCCCACCGCCACCCACUGCGGGCAUAUCUUCUGUCGUGGCUGCAUCACCGAAGCCCUCGAGGUCAAGAAGAUGUGUCCCGUCUGCCGCCGCCCCGCAUCUCCGAAGCACCUCAGGACGCUCUUCUUCAACGCUCCUCAGGGCGGCGAGACUCAGGCAGAGUAG